AUGGCCGCCACGGUUCUGGGAAAGCGCACUCGCGGCGCAAUUGACUCAGAAGCGCUCCCAGUUCGGACCGCAAGCAAGCGCCGAGUCAUUGCCCCUCAGGCAAAGCGCGAUCUUCCUCCAGCACCAGUUCGUCGGACCCGAUCUACAGUCAAGAGGAAGGAAGCCGGGCAGGCCCCAGACCAAGAAAAUGGCGACGUCAAGAACAAACUUGUGAACAAUGUGCCAUCAAAGCACACACUACGUGAUGAGAAGGUUCAAAUAGAGGCGAAACCGGAAAAGGCCGAAAAAGCCGAAAACCCCAAGCCUGAUGUCACCGAGAAACCAGCGCAGGUGGAAUUCAAAACCCCUCAGCAGAAGUCACGCUUCCGAGAUGCAUUACAAAAUUCCCCUGUCACUCCUCGACAUCGAGUCCAGGUCGGGGCAAAGUCUGUGACCCCUCGAACUCCUCGACAUGCUGAUCUUCCCCCUACCCCUCGUCCAAGUGCCACACCGACUACUUCGCAGACCGUUUACUCACAGGCGCGGCAACUUUUUGCGCGAGGUGCCAGCUCCGGGCGACUCAUUGGACGGGAUGCAGAAAGAGAAAAGGUUCGCACUUUCAUUCAAGAGUGUGUUGAUUCUCAGAAAGGCAGCUGUCUGUACAUUAGUGGUCCGCCGGGGACUGGAAAAAGUGCCAUGGUUGGCGAAGUUUGUCGAGAUAUGGAUCUGUCCAAGGUUAAAGUCUCCCAUGUCAACUGUGUCAGCAUGCGAAAUGCGCGGGACGUGUACAGCAAACUCCUUCAGGAUUUCUGUGAAGAGUCGGACGUGUUUAAGAAGAGUGAAGCUGACCGACUAAAGUCGAUGUUCGUUCCAUCCAAGCCGGACGGCCUGUAUCUUGUCAGUCUGGACGAGAUGGACCACCUUCUGCAGGGAGACUCGGGCGUGUUGCAGUCUCUCUUCGAGUGGUCACUGGGCCCCAAAUCCUCCCUUAUCUUGAUUGGCAUUGCCAAUGCACUUGAUCUCACUGAUCGGUCGCUUCCCCAACUUAAGGCGAAAAACCUGAAGCCUACUUUAUUACCAUUCUUACCCUACAAUGCGGCUUCGAUCGCCGGCGUGAUCACCGGUCGUCUGCGCUCUCUGAUGCCCGUAGCACCAGAUUCGGACCCUAAGUUCGUUCCCUUUAUACAGCCGGCAGCUAUCCAGCUUUGUGCCAAGAAGGUAGCCUCUCAAACAGGCGACCUUCGCAAGGCCUUCGAGCUCAUGAAACGAGCAAUCGAUGUCAUUGAACAAGAGACUAUCCAAAAGCUGGAGAAACAAGCAUCGGAGUUGGAGAAUACGCCAAUCCUCGCAGAAAACAAGAAUCUAUCCUCACCAUCAAAAUCAGGAACUGGUCCUCCGCCCAUGACUAUGGCCAGCUACAGCGCAUUGACAGCUCCUCGUGCAAGCAUCGCCCAUAUCGCGCGCAUUACCACAGCCGCCUUUGGUCAAGGCACUGUACAGCGUCUGAAGAACUUGAAUCUGCAGCAAAAAGCUGCCAUUUGUGCGUUGAUUACUUUGGAGCGUAAGCGUCGGGAGAAUGAGAUUCCCAGCACACCCUCCAAGUCGCGUCCUGCGGCCCCGACAGUCAAACAAGCCUUUGACACAUAUUGCGCGCUAUGCCGCAACGACAAUAUUCUUCACCCAUUGACUGCCACUGAGUUCAAGGAUGUUCUCGGUAACCUCGAAACCAUGGGAUUGGUAGGAGACUACCAGGGUCGUGGCCGUGGCGGCACUCUUGCUGGUGGCUCUGAUGUCCGCCGUACCCCGUCCAAGUCCGGCAGUGUCAUCUCCACUCCUCACAAGGGAAUGGACGAGCAAGGUCUUGUCUGUUUCGUCUCCCAGACUGAAAUCGAGGGCCAGAUUGCAGGCCCCGGCGAGGGUAUUCUCAGACGACUUCUUCGUGGUGAAGGACUCUAA